AUGAAUUUAACCUGCUUAGAAAAAGGACCGAGCGAUGCAGCAUUCAUUGCUCUAUCAUCAUGGUUCGCUUUGUCUGGUUUAGCAGCUGUAUUCGGUAAUACAGUUGUGUUAUGGCUCUUCUACAAAAGCAAGUCCCUACGAACAGUUUCGAACAGAUUUUUGGUCUCGUUGUCCGUUGCGGAUCUCUUGGUGGGAGCUGUUGUGGAGCCAAUCUUUUUAGUCGAAUAUCUCACUCAGUCAGUAGAUAAUCAGAACGUAAUACAUUUCUUCUGGAUUCACUCUACAGCUGCAACUACAUGGAAUUUGUGCUGCGUUUCUGUUGACAGGUUCGCUGCAAUUCGCUUUCCCUUAAGUUAUCAAAUGAUUCUAACAAAGAAAAGAUGUUGUGUAGUGAUAACCGUGAUCUGGGUAAUCUCUCUGUUCCUUCCUUUCACGAUAAUGUUUGUGAAAAAUGAAGCAACUGAUCAUCACGCAGAACUGUGGUUAUCAUUUGCAUUCAUUUUAUUUGUGUUUCCGAUUAUCGUGGUAUUUUUCUGCUACAUUUGUAUUUUCAAAACAGCCAAUAAACAAUACAAACGAGUAAAAAAAGACUAUCAACACGGGGAUGACAGCUCACGCCGGGCUUUAAACAAUUUCAAAGCUAUCAAAACAGUUGGACUUGUUUUGGGUGUUUUUAUCGUUACAUGGAUGCCAUCUUUAAUCUUGGCUCUUGUCACCUAUUAUUACCGUAAAACAGAGCAUGAACAAUGCGAAGAACAGGAAUUGCAUUCCAUGGCGUUGCCUUGGGCAGAAGCAGCGGCUUUUACUUCAUCAGCUAUCAACCCAUUGAUAUACUAUUUCAGAAAUGGCGAGUUUUGCCAAGCCUUCAGAAAUACCUUUAAUUUU